AUGGCUUACGCUGCAAAACGCGUAUUGCUCACGCUGUGCUCGUUGGAAGAAACUCUCCAAAAACAAACGAAAUUGAAAAUGGCGAGCAAAAGAAAACCCCAGCCAGCAAAAAGCCCAGAAUCACUACACACUCUCGAGGAUGGCCUUGACGUAAAUGCUGACUUUGACUUGGGGUCAGGUUCUGCGACGCUCCGCAGUCCUACCGCAAGCCAAGAAUUGGCAAGCCUCCAGGACAGUGAGGAGGGUGAGGAGGUCCCAACGUCGACCAUGGCGGAGCCACAAAGAGAUAGCUCAGAAGAGGACUUGGGGGAUUUGGGUGCAUUUUCUGAGCCGUCUGGUUCACGUCCGGAGCUAAUUCCGCCUGUCCCUACCCAAGAGCGGAGACCGUCUUUGGAGGCCGCCGUAAUCGAUAAAAUGUCGCCGUCUGUUGCGGAAGCACAUCACCUUCAUAUGCAUGACCUUGUCCAGCAUCACUCAGAGAAAACUCCAAUAGACGAACCAUCUACUAGUGAAUCCCCUGCUCUAACCGAGGAACAAUCGGCCGAUCAAUCGCCAGGAACGAGCGCACCGGACGUUGACUCCUUAGAAGAUGACUUGGACGCAACAUUCGCUCAGUUGCUGUCCAUGGGAUUUGAGGCAAAAAUGUGUGAGCUCGCAAUAUCCCACUCGCUUUCCGAUCGUGAGACAGUAAACACUUCGGGAGGGUCGGGAGAGUCGGGACGAUCAUCACUCCUCGAUGCUGCAGUCGGGUGGCUUAUUGCAAAGCAAGGGGAGGGAGAAGAUCAUGUCAGAGGCAUUACAUACUCACCACACGGCUCACCAACUCCUUCACGGCCACCACCUCGCGAUGCGCGGCCAGAGCGUGGGAUCCUAAAGUCCGCAAGUACUGGAUCGGGCUCCCGAUCAAAUUCCAUAUUUUGGCGUGACAAUUGGUUGUCAAAGCACAUGGAUCAAGCUGCUGGAGCGUUUUCUUCAACCAUCGAGAAAGUGAAGCCUUUGUUGAAGCAACUUUCAACAGCAGAUGUACCUAGAGACUCCAAUUCGGAUGCUAUAAACUCCCCGAGAUUCUUGCACCAUGAUAUCCCAACAGCGUCUGAUACUCCAACCCUUGCCUCUCCCACAUUUGUAAUAUCGGAUCCGAAUGGAUCAAACGAUUCCCUGAACACCGCUCCUCUCGGAAGCACCGGAAUGUCCGGAAGAUCUUCGGUUUCGCUAAACAGCUUAUCGAAAGGAGAAAAGCACGUUAGAUUCUCGUUUCCCGACGUUACCAUCGAUCCUGAACCAGUGACAUCGCCUGUCUCCGAUUAUGCAGAAAACCUCGAGUCACCCACAGGCCAGCUGCACCAUUUCCCAGAAGCACCUGAAGACGUUAGUCCAGAGCAGUGGCAGUUCCAAAGAAGCUCGCAGAACCCACAGUACGAACGACCUCCCGUCAUGCUUUCGGUCCUGCAGGAAGGAUUACCGUCCGUGCCCAUCAACACAGUUGACGAUCUUUUGGCAUAUUAUUAUCAGGCGUGCUCUACGCGCAAUGAAGAAGUGAUUGAUGCUGUUGUUACACGGCUGCAAGAGGCGAUCUCAUCAGGGGCGAGCACAGACAAACUGGAUCUAUCAGGGUUGACGAUAAACGCAUAUAACGUGUCACCUAUUGCCGAUUUGCUAGGCACAAAUUACCCGUUCCAACAACUGUCACUUGAUAACGCUGUAUUGAGUGAUGAGGUCCUUAAGGUCAUCCUGCAGUCCGCCAUAAGCAGAGAUAAAAUAUCCUCAGUUAGUUUACGAGGUGUCAAAAAGUUGCAGGGUAAUGGAUUAAAGUACCUGGCUGUAUAUGUCAAGAAGAGCAAGGCUCUAAAGUACCUUGAUGUGUCGGGUAUCGCGUUUGACUCACGCGGAAUGUCGUAUUUCGCGCACGGCUUAAAAGACAAGAUCGGAUUGGAAGUCCUUAAAAUGGAUCAUUGCGAUUUAUCUGCCGCGUUGAUGAAAAUACUAGCCCCUGGCGUGGCAAGCUCGGAUUUGGAUACCCUCACUUUGUGCGGAAACCGUUUGGCGAAGGACUCUACGUCUUCGAUUGCGGAGCUUCUGCGAACAGAACAACCCCAAUCAUAUUUGAAUCGACGUAGCAACCUUGUGAAAGGUCUGCGCCGGCUAGAUCUUUCAGGAAACAACCUUGGGAAUGCAAUAUCCGCCUUUGCACCCGCUCUGGCAGAGAAUAAUCGUUUGCUUGAGCUCUCCUUGCGCGAAAACAAGCAGUUGAAUGGACUGGAUAUUUACACGCUGGCUGACGUGCUGAAAGUCAAUAGCACUAUUAAGGUUUUGGACCUGAGCGGAAACGCGCUGGAUGGUGACAGACAACUGGACGCUAUCAUUGCCUUGAAGGAUGCUUUGAUGGUGAAUAAGAGCCUUACAAACCUUGCCUUGUCCAAAACCAAUCUAACAUCUGAAGGGACAAUUGCGCUUGCUGAAGCACUGCCAUUGAUGCCAGCUUUGCAACGACUCAAUUUGACUCACAAUCCAAUUGAUAUUGCCGGCGUAAUGGCCCUGUCCGUCUCCCUUCGUAUGAACCAGAGCAUUGUUUCGCUAGAAAUUGCUCCUCUUCUGCAGACGCGGAAGCAUCAAGAGGAAGAUCCUGAGCUGGCGCGGUUACUCAAUGACAUUGAUAUGUAUUGCCAGCGUAAUGGAGAAAUCCAGAAAUCUCGAGCCGCCAAGGAAGUCAACAUUGACACUCAGGGAACGAGCUCUGUAGCGCAAGCUGGAUCAACACGGGAAGAUUCCACCCACAAUUCUCCCCAAUCUGUUGACCGUGAAAAGAUUCAAAGAGAUAUCCAAACAGCCGAGGAGACCGCCAGCGUUUUGGAUGAAAUAGUUGGUUCAAUGAGGGCCGUGGAAGCUGUGCAACGAAGCAAGAGCAACGAUGAUUUAUUGCUGCAACUGUACAAUGAGACGAAAGGAUUCCAGAACAAGCUGCAACAACUUGUCAGCGAGAACAUUCACCUGGACGAGGAUCUUUUAGGGACAAUAUUAUCGAUCAAUGAUCGUCUGGAAAGCUCCACCUCUGCCUACGAGAACAUACAAAAGGAAUCUCUCAGCACCGUGCCGUCAUCAACCUCGCCCCCGAGUCCAUCACGACCCCCAGCUACCAAUUCCCCAAAUUCCGCAUCCUCAACAGCCUCGCCAUCCCACCUAUCUGUAUCUAACCCAAUAAAUCGAAGCGACAGUUUGUCCAAUCUAUCAGAUCUGGAUCUAUUACGUUUGGAUAUUGAGGAAGAUGCGACCGGAGCAGACAUGCAUCAAAUGACCAGGGACAGCUUCAAUGCAGAGUUGGAUAACCAGAUGAAGGAAAUUGAUGAUUUCUUAAACUCUCCAAAAGAUUAG